AUGAUAAAAAGUAAUGCUUGUAGGUACUCUACUAGAGUUUCAAACAGUGGGAAAGUUGGAUGCUUCCUGGAGCAGAUCAACAUCACUCGUGGAAAAUUGUUGACGCUUGUUGGUUUGGACACUGGGUCUUUACAGGAUUCAAUGCUCACGAGAUCGACGAAUGGCUUGAAGAAUAGUCAGUUAAACUGGCUGACACAAACACUUGAAGAAACCACUGAUAACUGGCUCAUAAUUUCUGGAUAUCACCCUGUGGUUAUUUGUGACAAGGAGCAAGUGGAAGCAAAGCAAAUUUAUGUGCCUCUACACAAUAUUUUUAUGAAAUAUGGAGUGGUAAGAAGUGAAUGGUCUUCACAUUUUGACAUCUAUGGGGGAAUCUCCCAUGUUUACAGUUUUAAAAUACUGAAUGCAUACAUGAGCAGACAGGGUUGCAAUAGUCACCCUGUUCAAGGUGGUGUGGCUUACAUAGGCAUUGCAGACCCUACUGAGAGUGAACCGUUGAAUUCUUUAAAUGAAAGAUUGGCUUUUCGAAAGUGA